UACAAACCACCAUACCACAUUCCCCAGCUUGCUGCUACUGCUUGGCCUCUCUAGCUUUUACCCAAAACCCUAACUUCUCUGCAAAUUUACACUCACUUUCAUGCACUCUUUCUUUCAUUCUCUUUGACGUUCUUCUGCAAAACCCAUCUCUGCAAAUUCAUGGCCGACUCCGACAACGAUUCCGGAGGGCACAACACAAACUUCAGCAGCGAGUCGUCGCUGAGAGAGCAGGACAGGUUCUUGCCGAUAGCAAACGUGAGCAGGAUCAUGAAGAAAGCUCUGCCGGCCAACGCGAAGAUCUCCAAGGAAGCUAAAGAGACUGUGCAGGAGUGUGUGUCGGAGUUCAUCAGCUUCAUUACAGGAGAAGCGUCCGAUAAGUGCCAGAGGGAGAAGAGGAAGACGAUCAACGGCGACGAUCUUCUGUGGGCCAUGACGACGCUUGGGUUCGAAGAGUAUGUUGAGCCUUUGAAGAUUUAUCUGCAGAAGUUCAGAGAGAUGGAGGGAGAGAAGAGUGUUAUGGGAAGGCAAGGGGAGAGAGACGGUGGCGAUGGCAGUGUUGGGAAUAGUGGGAACUCUGGGGGUGGGUUUGGUGGGGGUGGGAUGUAUGGUGGGGUGCAGUCCAAUAUGAUGAUGAUGGGACAUCAUCACAAUUAUCAUCAAGGCCAUAUGUAUGGAUCUGGUAGUGGUAGUGGAGCCUCUUCCGGAAGGCCAAGGUAGGUUUCAGUUGUUUCAAGGAUGAUGAUGACGACGACGAUGAUGUUGAUGAUGAUGAUUCUAAUUUCUCACUUGCUCUGAAAGAAAUUGAGAUAUGUUUCCCUGGUGAUUAUAUAUGGUGCCAUGUUUUCUUCUGUUGUUUUCCUGAUUUUCCACUUCCCUUUUGAUUAGAGUGAUCGGUUGUGUGGGGAUAAUGUAGGUUUUUCUCUUCUUUUUGUGAAGUAGAAGGUGAAGAAGAAGAUAGAAAAAGAAAAAAGAAAAAAAAAAGGUCUUUUAGAUCUUCCAAUUAAGCAUUGUA